UCGGAUCAAAGAGCCGACUCGUCUACAGCUCUCACACCCUCUUUCUUCACUCUGGUUCAGUCCAACUUGAUCUGCCGUGGCUGGUUGUGUUUCCUCGCUGCAUUCCUUCUCCUUUUGCAUUAAAAAAAAGAAAACGCCAUGUAUCUGUGCAGGGCGGCUUUGCAGAGGUUUUCUCCUCUGGCCAGACACUCCAUUACACAGCGUGCAAUCCUGUACAGAGACGUUGUUCCUCAGAGGCUCAUGUCAUCGGUUCCUGGCGGCUCGGGAGAGAACCUGAUUUACGUAGUACUCUGUGGCGGAGCCUUCGCUGCUGCCGGGGCUUACGUGUACAGGACGGUAUCUACAGACAGCGCUCGUUUUACUGACCGCGUCACAGAGAUCGAGGGACGGCCCAAGCCCGAGUGGAAGCCCAAAACAUGGCCGGCAAAGAAUUCUGAGGAAGCAGAGGAAGUCGUCGAGGUGGCAGCCGAGGCUCCAGCCGAGGCAGACGUAGAAGAGGCGGCACCGGCGCCCGUGGAACUCGUCGCUGAAGCUAAAGCGGCGGAACCGGCCUCCCUGGUGGAGACGGCCGCCGAGGUGGUUGCCGAGGCGGCAGAGGCGGUCGCCGAGGCAGCCAGUGUCGUCGAGGAGACUGCCGAAGAGGUGGCGGCAGUGGCUCACGAGGUGGAGAAGAUAGCGGAGGAGGUGGAGGCUGCAGCCAAGGAGCUGGAAACUCCUGCACUUCCUGUUGUGGAGGAAGCAACCGCCGAGAGCAAGGUUACCCAAGAUCAUACAGAAUUGGCUGCUGCUUCGAUUGUGGAUAAGUCAGUGGUGGUUCCUGUCACAGAAGCUACUGUUGAAGUUGAGCUAGAAAAGCAAGUGGAAGCCCCGGUUGCACCGGUUGCCAUUGUAGUAGAAGAGACACCAGUAGUCGAGGAGGUACCAGUUGCACCACAAGUUGAGGACGCUGCUGUUUCCCCAGUAGUUGAGGACAUACCAGUUGCCCAAGCAGUUGAGGAAGCUGCUGUUGCCCCAGUAGUUGAAGAGGUACCAGUUGCCCCAGCAGUUGAGGCAGCUGAUGUUGCCCCAGUAGUUGAGGAGGUACCAGUUGCCCCAGCAGUUGAGGCAGGUGAUGUUGCCCCAGUAGUUGAGGAGGUACCAGUUGCCCCAGCAGUUGAGGAAGCUGCUGUUGCCCCAGUAGUUGAAGAGGUACCAGUUGCCCCAGCAGUUGAUGCAGCUGAUGUUGCCCCAGUAGUUGAGGAGGUACCAGUUGCCCCAGCAGUUGAGGAAGCUGCUGUUGCCCCAGUAGUUGAAGAGGUACCGGUUGCCCCAGCAGUUGAGGAAGCUGCUUUUGCCACAGUAGUUGAAGAGGUACCAGUUACCCCAGCAGUUGAGGAAGCUGAUGUUGCCCCAGUAGUCGAGGAAGUACCAGUUGCCCUAUCAGUUGCGGAAGCAGAUGUUGCCCCAGUAGUCGAAGAAGUACCAGUUACUCAAGCAGUAGAGGAAGCCCCUGUUGCCCCAGAAGUCAAGGAGGUACAAGUUGUCCUAGCAGUAAAGGAAGCUGCUGAUGCUCCAGUAGUUGAGGAGGCACCAGUUAUCCAAGCAGUAGAGGAAGCCCCUGUUUCUCCAGUUGUUGAAGAGGUACCAGUUGUAGGGGAAGCACCAUCAUUUACCCCAGAAGCAACUAAAGAGGUACCAGUCCCCUCAGUAGCAGAGGUUGUGGUAAUGGCCGCAGAACCUCCAGUUGUCCCAGAAGCUAUUGAGGUCCCAGUGGUCACAGAAAGUUCAGAGGUGGUUGCAGAAAUUCCUGAAGAUGCAGUGACUCCAUUCGUGGCAGCAAGUGUGGAUGAGUUCUCAGUAGAAGGUCAGGUGGUGGCAGAGGUGACUACUUCAGCUGAAACCACAGCACCCCCUGCUGCACUGGAGGAGCCAGAGUCUAAGAAUGAAUUUGUGGUAGUCAUGAUGGAGGGAGCCCCCAAAACAGACAAAAAGUAUAAGGUUCUGGGCGUUUCCCCCAUGAGAGGUAGGAUCAUCCCAGCCCCAGAGGACGAGGAGCCAGCUGAACAGGGCAAGCGCCGCCUUCUUAAGAUGCAGAUGCUCUGAUAUGAGAUUUAAAAAGCCCCAUCUGUCCCUCAGACCUCGCUUUCAGUUGGGAUGGAUUCCCCUGCAUGGAUUUGGCCCUGACAGAAGUCAUCAGAACCUCCUCAUAUGACACCACUUUAUUCUGUUUGCUUACACAAACCGUUUCAUGCGUCGUUACUGAAACACGUUUACUCCUAAACACGUACACUACUUACAAUACGCUUUCUUUGCAAUACACAGUAGAGCACAGGUUUCCAACCCUGAGCCUGGAGAACCCUCUGUGCUGCACACACCUGAUUCAAAUAAUCAGCUAAUUAACUGCCCUUCCUGAGUCGAAGUGUGUGUGUGUGUGUGUGUGUGUGUGUUAGAGAAGGGAAAACACUACAUUAAGAACCUGCAGUAGAAGAUAGAUGUUUGGUAUUUAUUCUCUUACCUAUUAUUUCACUGGUGUAACUUUAUAACUCCUUUCAUGCGAUGUGCGAUGCUGUGAAGGAUCAGGUAGCUCAUUCGGAAGUUCUUCAAGUCUUUUCCUGACCUCCACGCGUUGCGCGUGGAGUUUAUUUUCCUACCUCCAGCCUUACUGAAGCUAGCCGUUGCCGCGGUAACGGGUUCAGGCCAAGCUACGAGCACGCGUGCAACUUUCAAACGUGUAUCUUUAGCAGCUAUGCUUCUCUCUCAAUGGAAGAUCUUGCCUAGUCCACAGGUUCUGAUUUUUUACAGUAUUAAGGAAAUUUGUAAGCGUGGUUGGACUUGGACACUGAUCCUUACCGGCACUGGCGUAUUACGACUCGUUUCUACCUCCCCUCAACGGAAACCUCCACUCUGAACCACAUUAAAUAUAUCUAUAUUAAGAUAGUUUGUGAUAUGUUAAGAGAUAAUAGUGCUGAUUUGUUGGUCGGUGCUCUAUUAUAUUAUUUUUUUUUCUACGUUAUCCUUGGCCGUGUGUCGCUCUGACGUUUGCAGUGUGACGUCGUUAUCGCUUGCGCAACACGUCACUGAACGUUUUCCAGCCACGUUCAGCGUCAUAUUAAUGAGAAAUCCAACAUAGAGACGUUAACACGAAUGUCGGGCCAGAAAAGUCCCAGAAUGCAGCGUAGCUAUUACACUCGAGUAGUUAGCAGGCAACCAGACGACAAGUGCUAGCAUAAAAACUGAAGCUUUAGAAGCUGAUCUGUUUGAGCAGAGCGUACAGACGAGGACGUGAGAGAGCCGGACAGACUAAAGGAGUAAAGCGCCGCUGCAUCGCUGUCUUUAACCAGAGAUUCCACUGCCAACACUAUCAGUGGGUAGACAUAUGGCAUUGUGGGUAAUGUAGGAAACCGUGGAGUGGAAAUAAACCGGCACCAACGUGUCUGAAAGACAUUUAAACUAAAAAAAAUAAUAAUAAUAAAAUUCGAGUCAGAAUUUUAAUUACAAAAAUAAAUCUCGGAUGCUGUUGAACAUGACAUAAUUAUUAAAGAUUAAUAUGCGACUCGUUCAGGAUGGAGUUUUCCUUUGGUCCUUGACUUUUACAAAGAGAUAACUUCUGCCUUCUGUACUACAUAAACCUAAGCUGUGACAUUUCCUCCGUUCUUUUUUUGUAUUUUUAUAGUAUCGACUGAGCUUGUGUUAUCUACAAAUGUGAACCUCAAAUCUGUGAAAAACCUCUCAGGAAUACAAAACCAUUAUUUAAAUAAAAAAAUAAAAAAAACAUUUUACACAAAAGUCUGUCUGUCUAAGUAUGUGGUUAAGGGAGUACACGUGGAUGUAUUACUCGUUUACCAAAACUUCAGCUUUACAGAGUUAUCCUGCGUAUGGAUAUGAGAUUUUAUGGAUAGUUCAAUAAUAAUAAAGUCUGUCAUGGCCAUAAUACAGCUGUUAUUACAAAUACUUGUAAUAAAGCUUUUCUAGUUAACGCAGAUCUGUUUUUAUUUCUGUAUCCGUUUAAAAAGGGGUUAGUAAACUGAUUGUAACCUUGACUAAUGCAGAGGGAGUAUUUUUUCCCCAGUGUUUCUCAUGUAAGGUUGUUUUUUUUUUUUUUUUAUGCAAGUAUAAUAGUGCCAAAUGUCCUCAAGGCAAAAUGGCAUGUUGAAUGACAUAAAUCGAAUAAAAACGUAUCGCAAUAACAAUACUUGAAAAUAAUUUUUCUGCCCAGCAAUUUGACACAAAUUGGAAAAAAAAAAAAAAAAAAAACAGUUUAAAAACCCACAGCAUUAACAAUGCUUGAAUUAGUUUCCUCUGCAAUUCAUUGGGUUUGUAUAUUUUGA